UUCGUCUAUUAUUACCGUAAACUUCAACUUUAAUAAUUCAUACGCAGCACCUCUCUCUUAGUUGGUUCUCAAGUCAAACAACACAAACCCUAAUUUCCCCUCCCCUCUCUCUCACCUCACCAAAUAUCACAAUAAAAACCAAAAAAAAAAAACCACCCUCAUCAAUUCUUUUCUGUGCCCAUCGGUCGCUUCAUCGAGAGAAAAAAACCGAACCAAAUUCCAAAAAAGGCCAAGAAAGGGAAAAUGAAGAUAAAGAACAAAGGUAAAGUAUAUCCAUCUCCAUCUCCAUCUUCCUCUUCCUCUUCCUCCUCCUCCUCCUCCUCUUCUGUUGGUGCUAAAAGAGAUGGUGAUGUUCUCUCUGUGUUAAAGCUUUUACCUGCUGCUAUUCUUGCUUUAGCUUCUGUUCUUUCACUUGAAGACCGUGAAGUUCUUGCUUACAUGAUUACGAGGUCCUUAAAAACCACUACCACAAACAACCCGUCUUCUUUCCUUAAAGAUUCUAAGAAAAAAUCCUCCAAGAAACCACAAAACAAUAAUAAUAGCCAGACUAGUAACCAUAGAGCUCCAAUCUUUGAUUGUGAUUGCUUUGACUGCUAUAGAAGCUACUGGUUCAGGUGGGAUUCUUCUCCUAACCGUGAACUCAUUCAUCAAGUUAUCGAAGCCUUUGAAGAACACUUGACCAGCGGUGAAAUGUCAAGGAAAAGUAAUAGAGGUAAAAGGAGAGACAAAACGGGUCAUCGGGCCGGUGAAAAACCGGUUCUUGAUGUUCCGGGUCAACCCGAGAUACUACCAGUUCUGGAGACCAGUAAUACUUCUGCCCAUGAAUCUCCCCCUACUGGUCCGGUUGAUGAUGUUGCUAAUGUCAAUGUUGGUUGUCCGGAUAAUGGCUUGUCACCUGAGAAGAUAACCGAGAGGGAAGAAAUGGAGGAGGCUGUCAAGCUUUAUGAUGAAGUGUCAGAGGAAGUGGUGGCAGCGGAGACAGAAGUGGAAGCGGCUGCUCAUGGGGUGGCGGUGUGUAGCCGCCACAAGGGUUUGGCAAGGAAGGUGUUGCCGGAUGUGUUAGGGUUGUUAAAUUCUCGUUUAUGGAGUCUUUUGAGUCCGAAUUUGUAAGUUCCAAAAAGAAAGAAAUUAUUAUUAUUAUAAUUUCUUUUUGUUUUUCGAGAAAUUUGGAUUUUUUUUCUUUUUGUGUUGGGUGGAGUAUAUGGGCAUGAUGGCCCCCUCCCAAUGGAAACCACUGCCCAAGAAGUUCUCUCUUUUAAUAUCAUUAAUUAGUGAUAUGGCUGCUGGAAAGUAUAUGUACUUACCGGCACCAAGUCAUUUUCUCGGC